AUAAUAGAAUAAAUAUUGACAUUUAUUCUUUUUAUGUCAAUAAUAAAAUUCCACGACUCGGGAAGCAUAAAGAGAAUCUGUACAUCAAGUCGGGACCGAAAAAAUGAUUCUUCUUGCAAUCAUUUAAGUGACUUAUCAAAUGCUCGAGACUUUUCAAUAAAGCCGGCGAUCUCAUUUAGUCAAGCUCCUGACACCGGCAGCUUCUCUUCAGUACUCUUUACUAAUAACGGGGAUAUAAACGUCAACAAGGAAAAUAAUGGAGUUCUCAAUUUCCCAGUGUUCACGACAGUCAAGCUUCCACCCUUCUUCCUCAAUUUCGCAAAUCUGCUUCACGCCUUUCGUCUCCAAGUCCCUUCCCUCGCUCACUUCCGGCGACCUCCGCGUUUCCCGUCUCUUUCACAGGCGACCUUUAGUCCAGACCAGGCGUCCCCGCUUCAGAGCGUCUAAGGCAUCAUCAUGGCUAGGACUGUAUUUCAGUUGCCAACUAACAUCUCAUCUUUGGUUGCUGGUCCAAGAAUUGGUCAAUUCCAAGGACCCACACAAGCAAGAUCAGUUAAUAUGAUGUGCACGUUAAGAAAACCUUCGUUGAAGGUUAGAGCUUUCCUAGGACUCGGGGCCUGCAAUGCCUUUGAUACACUGGGUAGACCUGGAUAUGGACUUCAUUCUAAUCUAGCAUCAGUGACCUUUACUAAGAGAAGAGGAAGAAGAAGUAGCCGUUUUGUUGUGAAGGCUAUGUUUGAGCGUUUCACUGAAAAGGCUAUAAAGGUUAUUAUGCUUUCCCAAGAGGAGGCUAGACGACUUGGGCACAAUUUUGUUGGAACUGAGCAGAUUCUCCUAGGUCUCAUUGGCGAGGGAACUGGUAUUGCAGCUAAGGUUCUUAAAUCUGUUGGCAUUAAUUUAAAGGAUGCUCGUAUGGAGGUGGAGAAGAUAGUUGGAAGGGGAAGUGGAUUUGUUGCUAUUGAGAUCCCGUUCACUCCUCGCGCUAAGCGUGUUCUUGAACUAUCUCUUGAGGAAGCUCGUCAACUAGGCCAUAAUUAUAUUGGAUCGGAGCAUUUGUUGCUUGGGUUGCUCCGUGAAGGUGAAGGUGUGGCUGCUCGUGUUCUUGAAGUAUUGGGUGCUGACCCAGGUAACAUUCGCACACAGAUUAUUCGAAUGAUUGGUGAGAACGCGGAGGCUGUUCCUGCUGGUGGAGGAGGUAGUACAAGCCAAAAGAUGCCUACGUUAGAGGAAUAUGGUACCAACUUGACCAAGCUGGCCAAUGAGGGAAAAUUGGAUCCUGUGGUUGGAAGGCAGGAGCAAGUUGAACGGGUCAUUCAGAUUCUGGGUCGACGUACCAAGAAUAAUCCUUGCCUUAUUGGAGAACCAGGUGUUGGGAAAACUGCCAUUGCUGAGGGUUUAGCUCAGCGCAUUGCAAAUGGUGAUGUUCCUGAAACAAUUGAAGGAAAGACGGUUAUAACCCUGGAUAUGGGUUUGCUUGUUGCUGGAACAAAAUACCGUGGAGAGUUUGAGGAAAGGCUAAAAAAGCUAAUGGAUGAAAUUAAACAGAAUGAUGACAUUAUACUUUUCAUUGAUGAAGUGCACACACUGAUUGGAGCUGGAGCAGCAGAGGGUGCAAUUGAUGCUGCAAACAUUUUGAAACCUGCCCUUGCUCGAGGUGAACUUCAGUGUAUUGGGGCUACCACGCUUGAUGAAUAUCGAAAGCAUAUAGAGAAGGAUCCAGCAUUAGAGAGAAGGUUCCAACCAGUUAAGGUGCCUGAACCAACUGUAGAUGAAGCAAUGCAGAUCCUUCGCGGGCUUCGGGAAAGAUAUGAAAUUCAUCAUAAGCUGCACUACACUGACGAUGCCCUGGAUGCUGCUGCCCAGCUUUCGCACCAGUAUAUCAGUGACCGCUUCCUUCCUGAUAAAGCGAUUGACUUGAUUGACGAGGCUGGCUCUCGUGUUAGACUUCGCCAUGCACAGCUCCCACAGGAAGCAAAAGAGCUCGAGAAAGAAAUAAGGAAGAUAACGAAGGAGAAGGAUGAAGCUGUUCGCAGUCAAGACUUUGAAAAGGCUGGGGAAUUCCGUGACAGAGAAUUGGAACUUAAAGUGCAGAUGUCGGCACUAGUAGAGAAUAGAAAGGAGAUGAACAAAUCGGCCGAGGACGAUGUGGGCCCAGUUGUGACAGAAGCUGAUAUUCAACACGUUGUUGCCUUAUGGACUGGUAUCCCUGUCUCCAAGGUUUCAACAGAUGAAUCAGACCGUCUCCUAAAAAUGGAAGAAACACUUCACAAGCGAGUCAUUGGGCAAGAUGAAGCCGUGGUUGCCAUCUGUCGCGCUAUCCGACGUGCCCGUGUUGGGCUCAAGAACCCUAACCGGCCCAUAGCCAGUUUCAUCUUUUCGGGCCCAACUGGUGUCGGAAAGUCAGAACUGGCCAAGGCACUGGCCACAUAUUACUUUGGUUCAGAAGAAGCAAUGGUCCGUCUUGAUAUGAGCGAGUUCAUGGAAAGACACACCGUAUCGAAGCUCAUCGGUUCCCCACCCGGCUAUGUCGGUUACACUGAAGGCGGUCAGUUGACCGAAUCAGUCCGCCGCAGACCUUACACCCUCGUCCUCUUCGACGAAAUCGAGAAGGCUCACCCCGACGUCUUCAACAUGAUGCUUCAAAUCCUUGAAGACGGAAGGCUGACCGACAGCAAGGGCAGAACAGUCGACUUCAAGAACACGCUUCUCAUCAUGACGUCGAACGUCGGGAGCAGCGUGAUAGAGAAGGGCGGCCGCCGCAUCGGCUUCAACUUGGACCACGACGAGAAGGACGGAAGCUACAACCGGAUCAAGAGCCUGGUCACCGAGGAACUGAAACAGUACUUCCGGCCCGAGUUCCUGAACCGGCUGGACGACAUGAUCGUGUUCCGGCAGCUGACGAAGCUGGAGGUGAAGGAGAUUGCGGACAUAAUGCUCAAGGAGGUGUUCGAGAGGCUGAGAGGACUGGAAAUAGGUCUUCAGGUGACGGAGAGGUUCCGAGACAGGGUGGUCGAGGAAGGGUACAACCCAAGCUAUGGAGCGCGGCCGCUGAGGAGAGCUAUCAUGCGGUUGUUGGAGGAUAGCAUGGCUGAGAAGAUGCUAGCGCGGGAGAUCAAAGAAGGGGAUUCGGUUAUUGUGGAUGUUGAUUCAGACGGCAACGUGACUGUACUUAACGGCGGUGUUCUUUCUCAGCCGCCAGGUUCCUCCGCCCAACUCAUUGCCAUCUAAGAAAUACUCCUUUACUUGGCUACUAUGCUUUGCUUGGCCAAUUGUGAUCAUCAACAAAAGGAUGCCUUUUUUUUAAAUAUUAGUAUUUGUUGGCCAUGAUGAAGCCGGGGCCGUUGGAAAGAGACUAUCUAUUUUUGAGUAGAGAUAAGGUCUGACGUCUGGGUAUAGACAUCCUUACCAGAACACGGGUUUGUUGUUUGUUGACCUGGAAGUAGUAUUUUAUGUCAUAGCGAGAAAUCAAGAACUAGAUUUGCAAUUGUUUGGCGCUUCUUUUUACCCGAGGAAUAAAUGAUUCUUUCUUGG